AACGUCAUUACGUUACGCUAAGAGGCUAUGGCGCUUCCUGACUGGAUGAUAACGCUAUUUGCCACUGCAUCCCUUUUCUGUUUCUUGUGUUUAUGUGUUCGCUACAGACGUACAGGACAAGCGUUUUGGAGAAGACUGUUGAGCAAAGUAAUGGCUCGCACGGAGAAGCCCUUGUUCCGAAUUGCGUACACACUUUACACAAGGACCAGGCUUGGCUACAUGUACUACAAGAGGCAAAUGAGGAAAGCCCGAGAGCACUACCCUGCUGGACAUUCCACAGUGCAGCCCAUGGAGUUCAAUGGUAUCAAAAUAAUUCCCGUCUCGGUACUGUCUGACAACUACAGCUAUCUUGUAAUUGACACAGCCUCCAGUGUCGCGGUUGUUGUAGACCCUGCAGACCCUCAGACAGUUCAGGCAGUCCUUAAGGAAGAGGGAGUGACGUUAGAAGCAAUACUCUGUACACACAAGCACUGGGAUCACAGUGGGGGAAAUAAAGGGCUGAAAAGGCUUCACAGCUCCUGCAGAGUUUAUGGAAAUGCAGCUGAUAACAUUCCUGGCCUCACACACCCUCUCUCCCACAAAGACUCCGUAACAUUUGGCCGUAUGCACUUUAAGGCCCUCUUCACUCCUGGACACACAGUGGGCCACAUGAUCUACCUCCUGGAUGGGCGGGCGAUCGGCACCCCCUCCAGCCUUUUCUCUGGUGACCUGGUGUUCCUCUCAGGAUGUGGGAGGAUGUUUGAAGGCAAUGCCACAACAAUGCUGUCAUCUCUCGACACAGUUGCCUCCUUAAGUGAUGACACUCUAUUAUGGCCUGGUCAUGAGUAUGCGGAGGACAACCUGCUGUUUGCUGCUGAGGUUGAGCCAUGCAAUGCUGCCAGGGAAAGCAAGUAUCAGUUGGUGCUGCAGCAGCGAGGCCAGAAGCUGUGCACGAGUCCCUCCACUAUUGGGGAAGAGAGGCAGUACAACCCUUUCCUGCGCAGCCACUCUGCAGAGCUCCAUCUGGCCCUAGGCCUCCAGCAGUUCCAGGAUGAAGACUGGACCCAGUUCAGGGCCCGGGUGCUGGAGGAGCUGCGAAAACGCAAAGACCUCUACAACAGGAGAUAGUACUGGACGCGCUAAUACGACAAGUGAAAUAAACACGGGCAAACAGAGGACGGUGGUACGAAAGCAGCGAUCUGCAGCACUGAAGUAACAAUGAGCGUAGCUUCGAGGUACUGUACACAAUGCUAGUUCAAGGAGACUGGUAAAUUUUGAUAAAUUUGAAGGGGCAUUAAUUAAGUUCCAGAGACAGCUAGGAACAUAGUCACAUCGUCAUUAUUGAUUCUAAUCAGUAAGCGUAUUACCUCUCCACAUACUGUAUAUUAAGCUAAUUUUGUGUUUAUAGACAGGACUGUGCUCAGUCACCACCUCUUUAACACAAACACAUAAAUAAUAAUGUAGAUUUGCAUGGGUAGUUUUCUGUCAUUUUACCAGUUUUGUGGAACCAGAUUCUGAUCCCUGUGUGUGAAGCAUAGUGUAGUAACAGGUUUGCACACCACAUGGGUUAAUGUAGCUUGUUAGGUACUGUGUUUUGUUUUGUUUUGUUUUGUUUUACUGAAGUAAUAUGUUGUUUAAACAGCCUUUGUCACUGGCUGUGUUUGGUAUACCGGUCUCACGUUUACAUUGCUGCUGAGCAGUAAUUAACUUCUUCAUGGAAAAUGUGAUCUUGACAAAAGUUUGUGAAUAUUUGAUUUUUUUUUUUAAUUGAAUUUUUUCCUUUUUUGUGAUUUUUGGAACGGUUAAUUUAACAAAUCACAGACACUCUUUGCUUUUGGUACAAUGUAUGGGGGGAAAUGAAAAUGAAAUGAAAACUCUUGAUUUUCAUGUGAACCUUUGUAUGUGGAAUUAAGAGCCCUGUUUUAGAAGUUUUAUAAUUCACUCAUGAAGGUGGAACAUAUAUUUCAUAGUAAGUACAGCCCUUGUUUGUGCCUUGCAGCACAUUAUUAUUAUUAUUAUUACUAUUAGUAUUAUUAUUAUUUUUAUUAUUUUACCGAGCUAAUUGUUCCACAUAUAUAUUGUGUUGUUUCACCAUGUGAGCCCGAACAGCAGCAUGCGUGAAGAAUUUGCUAUUACAUUGUGAUGUACGAAACGUGACUGAAGUGUUGAUGAGGGGAUGAUUUCUUACAUUAGACUGCAGAAUGACUCAUGACUGCAAGCAGUUACAAUGAAGAUAAUGAAACACACAGCGUGAUGUUGCAUCAAGACAUCUGGAGCCACACGCAAUGUUUUUCAAUCGGUUUGGACUUUGUGAAUGUGUGACGUGGGUAAUAUGUGAGAGCAAGACCGUGAUGAAACCACUUUCUUUCUCUCUUUUGAUAUGAGGACAUAGUGUGCUGUUGACUGUGGCACUCACUUGAGAAGGAAUGUUUUCAUAGCCAAUUUGAAGUCUUUGGAAAGAAACAUUCUAUGUAUUUUUAAUAUAUUGGAGGCUUUAUUAUACUGUAACAACACAGUGGAUGAAAAUUAUUUCAGUAUAAUAAACAGUCUUCUUUACAUGCGAAUUUGAAUGUUUCUUAUGUGUUUUUGUAUGUCUUGGUAAAGGAAGUGUAACGUAGCCUUUGUUUGGGUGGAAAUGAGUGAGAAUGCAAAGGAAUAAGCCUUUAAAGAUCUGAGGAGAUAGGAACGCACUUCACUUUCCUCCAUUGCUCCUGCAGAAGGGCUCGUACCAAAGCACCUUGUCCCCUGGUGAUUUUUGACUAAAAUGUUAGUCUGUUUGUUUGAUGCAGAUUCACAGCUUAUUUGCAUAUGUUUGAGUUAUGAAUACCUCCACAUGGGAGACUGUUUUACUUCAGGUUAUGUUUUAAUGAGGAAAUAUGAAAGUAAACUGCUUCAUUAGAA